AUGUCGUCUUCCAUCUCCUCCGCCAGCAGCGCGGCCCAAGCCUCGUCUUUCCCCUCUUCCGAACCAGCGAAGGGAACGUCCACAACCGCGACGGUCCUCACAUCUGUGGCCGUCGUACUCACGGUGAUCGCAGUUCUCGUCGGGACAAUCUGGUUCGCGGGGUAUACGGAUGAUCUAGCGGAAUGGUGGGCCAAACGGUAUUACAAGGCCAAAGCCCUCGCGGAAGCCAAGGGGCUUCAAAAUGCGGGGAGUGAGAAAGUCGAGCGCGUGAUGAAGGAUUCUCUGAAGAAGAACCCGGUGAUGGGCGAGGAUGAACUUGAACAAGUCUCCGGCGGUUUGGGGAAAGAAGCUGUGUCUGAGGGCCCUGGUGGAGUGGAUGGGAAGCUGGAUGGUUUGGGGAAAUUGUAA